GGCUGCCGUGCGGGGCUCCGGCCUCACCUCCUGCGGUCCUGCCCUGUCCUGUCCCGUCCUGUCCCCUCCGUCCCCGCCGGCCGCUGUCCCCACCCCCGUGCCGGGUGACUCUGUCCCUCCUGUGGCCACUCCCGGGGCCACCUCCAGGGCCACCUCCGGGGCCACCAGGGAGGGGGGGAGGUUUAUAUUUAGCCGCCCCCGGGGCCGAUCGGGUUUCGGGCGGGCGCGGUGACAUGGAGGUGGCAGUGCCACCCCGUGAGGGUGGCCCGGUGGCCCCGGCCCCCGUGCUGGGGCUGUGGCCACCGGUGGCCACCAGCAAGCGGCCCAAGAAAGCGGCCGUGCUCUUCUUCGAGGUGGAGAUACUGGAUGCCCGCACGCGGGACAAGCUCUGCUUCCUCGACAAGGUGGAGCCUCAGGCCACCGUGGCCGACAUCAAGAACCUGUUCAGCAAAGCCCAUCCCCAGUGGUACCCAGCGAGGCAGUCCCUGCGCCUGGACCCCAAGGGUCGCUCGCUGAAGGACGAGGACGUGCUGCAGUCGCUGCCCGUGGGCACCACGGCCACGCUCUACUUCCGGGACCUGGGGGCACAGAUCAGCUGGGUCACGGUGUUCCUGACCGAGUACGCUGGGCCCCUGCUCAUUUACCUGCUGUUCUAUUUCCGGGUCCCGUUCCUGUACGGGCCCCGCUACGACUUCACUGCGAGCCGGCACCGCGUGGUGCACCUGGCCUGCUGCUGUCACUCGUUCCACUACAUCAAGCGGCUGCUGGAGACGCUCUUUGUGCACCGCUUCUCCCACGGCACCAUGCCCCUGCGCAACAUCUUCAAGAACUGCACUUACUACUGGGGCUUUGCUGCGUGGAUGGCGUAUUACAUCAAUCACCCUCUGUACACACCGCCAGCCUACGGUGACGAGCAGGUGAAGCUGGCACUGGCCGUGUUCCUGUUCUGCCAACUCGGGAACUUCUCCAUCCACGUGGCCCUGCGGAACCUGCGCCCCGCAGGCUCCAAGACACGCAAGAUCCCGUACCCCACCCGCAAUCCCUUCACGUGGCUCUUCCUGCUCGUGUCCUGCCCCAACUACACCUACGAGGUCGGGUCCUGGAUCGGUUUCACCAUCAUGACCCAGUGUCUGCCCGUGGCCCUGUUCUCGCUGGUGGGGUUCGUGCAGAUGGCGAUCUGGGCUCAGGGCAAGCACCGCAGCUACCUGCGGGAGUUCCGGGACUACCCCCCGCUGCGGUCACCCAUCAUCCCCUUCCUGCUGUGACACCGCGGGGACAGCUCAGGGACAUCCCCCAUCAUCCCCUUCCUGCUGUGACACCUCGGGGACAGCUCGGGGACAUCCCCCAUCAUCCCCUUCCUGCCGUGACACCGCGGGGACAUCUGCUGUCCCCUCCCUGCUGUGACACUGUGGGACACCCCUGCCCUGUGGGGACACUCUGGGGAUACCCUGUCCCCCAGUGUGUCCCCCCCCGCUGCUGUGACACCAAGGGCAGCCCUUGGGGACACCCUGAUCUGUCCCAGUCAGUCCUGCCCGGAGCCCUGGGGACAGCACGGGGACAGGGGACACGAGCCCCGUUGUCACCCUGGUGCUCACAGCAGGACAGUGACCCCACUGUCCCUUGUCCUCUCUCUGGUGGCAGUGCCACCUCCAAGGUGCCAUCCCCGCUGUGCCCUCCCUGGUGGCAGUCACCAGGGACAGCAGUGGCAGCGACAAAGCCACCGCUGGUGACAAUGUGGUGUCACCACGGCCCCCACCCCCCCUCCAUCCCUGCAGGUGACAAUAAAUCACAUUCCCCCA